GUCGGCGUGCGCGACAUCUACGCCUUGGAGUUUCAGAUCUUUAAGAACCCCCUUUGGUCCUUCUUCUACAUCUUCUCUGUCUGCAUCUUCAUGUACCACGCCUGCAUUGGCUGGAAGAAGGUGACGCCGGUGCUAGGAAUUCCCAGGGGCCACAUCUGGCGAGUGGAGCUCAUCGGCUACGGCAUCAUGAUUGUCAUGGGCCUAGUCUACAUCUCCUUCCCGCUCUAUGUGAUGGCCACCAAGCCCUUCGCCGGCUACGAGACCAAGAUCCAGAUCCCGGGCAGAAUCGAGUGA